AACCAAUCACAUGCAAGUUGUCCUGAAGAUUGUAAACACGCUAUCGGGUUGACACAGUGAGGACAAAUCUGUUUAAGUUUCUCAAGUGCUUAAGCGCAUUAUAAUUUACAUUUUAGUAGUGCAUUUUCAUUGCUAUACAUAAAUAUUGUAUUGAGUAAUAUUGAUUUGUUGGAACUAUUCGUUUAGUCUGCAAAAUAUGGCUGCAGAAAUGGAAGUUGGGCAGGAUUCUCUCCAAGAUGGCGUGGACAUGGUGAAUGGCAUCGAGGAGGAUCCUUCCGAAGGUAUUGAUGGACUUGGUGAGCUGUCUUCUAAGGAUUUGGCAUCGCGACCGAUAAGGAAAGCAAGGCGACAAUUAGGGCGACUUAGUCCUGGUAAAGAAAUAGGCCCAGAAGGAGCAGCUGCUCAGGUCAAAAAAGCAUUGCCUCUUGCUAAAAAUAGUCGAAAAUCUCGAGAUGGACGGGGCCGAGGUCUCCCGAAGAAAGGUAGAGAAAGUUUCGCCAUGUGCUGAAUAAUUUUUUGGUAAAAGUGCAGUUUAGAGCAAUAAUUAACUUGUGUAGGAUGAACAUUAAUAAGCCAAGUAUAUUUAUUUAUUUAUUAUCUUCAUUAAUAUUGGUAGUUCCAGUACUAUAAAUAUUAAAUUAGGCCAGCCUGGCCAAUGCCUAUCUGAACUGUUCUCUAUCUCAACUAUCUGUAGUACUAGUAGUUACAAGUUAAGAGGUAACAGUAGCAGUAAUCAUGAUUUAUUAGACAUGGGCAUGACAUAAGAAAUGCAGCAUAUUGUGAAUACUACUACUACAUGGACUAAUGGACUACACUGGAAUUGGUCUACACUAGGUCUACUUAUUAAGCCUAGGCCUAUUUAAUAUCUUGACAUAGAGCAUUCUAGCUAAUCAAAUCACAUUAUUUCACUGAAAUUUUCAGGCUUCAGGCAGGCAUAUGAAUAUGAUAAUUAUAGGGACUAUGACUAUGAUAUCAUAUGAUUAGCCCUAUCUAUUUUUAAAUUUAAAGCUAUAAUCUGUUAUAUUAAUAGACCUAAUAAUAAUAAAAGUAAUAUUAUUACUGGCUUCUUAUGUUAUAAAUAAAUGUCAUAUAAUAUAAGACACACAUUCACAUUUUUUUAGUAUUAUAAAUUAAAAAUUAAGUAAGUAAACCAAAGUGGGCCUAUGCCUUGCUUUAAAUAUUAUAUACUAUGAAAUGAUAGGGCCAACUAAUACUGUUGUUAAUGCCUAAAAUUAUUAUUUAUACCACUUAAAUACUUAAAUAGGCAUCAUCAAUUAUUCAGAGGUAAAAGUAACAAUUGGGAAAUAAACUGUUAUACCUACAAUCUCACAAUAAACUGAAAUAUUAAAUAUGCUAGACUACACUUUUACCAAUUUUUUUAUAAAGGUUUUAAUCACCUCCGUCAAAAUUUUUAUAUUGUACCUGCACAUGAACAAACUUUUAAAUUGCUUCUGGGUCUAGUGAUUUUUAAUCGACUCAUUAGUUAUUAUAAUGAAUGCGAAAAUUAUUAUAUCUAUAUUUAGUAUAUCAUAUUUUAUUUUAAUUCUUAUUACGUACGAAAAUAAAAAAUCUGAUUAAAGUAAUAUCAGUCUAAGAACUAUGAAGGUUGGCAAUCUUUAUUUCUAUAUCAUAUUUAAACUCUAUGACUGCUUUAAUGUACUAUGUGAUUUUGAUGGUAUAAAUAUAAAUUGAUUCACGACAACAUUGAGUGAGCUGAUGGUUGUUAUUUACAGUGAAAUCAGUCAGUAGAUGGUAGAAAGGGUUAUUAUUUUUAAAAUACACUGAAGUUUAGACACAAACAAUUAUUUAUGAAUGAGUGAAAGGAGUUACAAGUCAUUUUUUAAGGUUGUAGUCUGGACAACCCCACUACUCACUAUAUUAGAUGCAUUGAAUGAAUUUUAAAAUAACAAUUUCAAUUAUAUUAAAAUAUCUUUAAAAACUAUAUAGCUACUAUUGGGUUAUAGGGAAAAAGAUUUAGUGGUUUAUAUGCUUUUGACUGGGUUAAGAAACAGUGGUUCAUGAGCAUUUGACGCUUGCUUGUGGAACAGGAAAUUGUAAGCCGAUCCGAUCUCCAUACUAAAAAUGAUAGUCUUGUCAGUUAAGUUAUGUGGAACUGACCUGUGACGCUGCCAUAAAUUGCUAGUAUUGAGCAUAUAUUGGGUAGUACAUAAAAUGCUGAUGAUGUUCUUGUGACAAUGCAAUGACUCAUGGUGGAAUAGGAGCCCAUUUAUAAAUCGGAGUUGUAAACACAUUCAUCCUUAGUCUGCAGAUUUUUAGUAAUAUUAUUUAUUUAUUUAAAUUAUUGACUACAGAAACUCUGUGGUAAAAUGUGUUUAAAUCUAUGCCCCUUUUCUUCCUACAAGAAAGGCAGCAAUAUGCUGUUGCCCUGCUUCCCAUCUGUCCAUGCUGUACGUGCAGUUACCUAGUUACAGCCAUGUCAAAGUUGCCUUAUCAUGUGCACUUUUUAAAUAUAUACUUAACUAUUAGCAUCGUUGCACAUUCUUAACUCAUUGCAUGAGGUUCAAUUUAUUUAAAUACUUACAAAAAUAAUUUUUCACAUAAAUACUUUUUUACUCUAGUGCUGCUUGAGCCAUGCUUACAUAACUUAAAAGGAGAAAAAAAAACAACAAAGUCGUUUUUUUCUUAUCAAACGAUUUAGAUUUUGUCACAGCACAUAUUUAAAAAAAAUGUUUAUAGACAUGGUGUCUGUGUGAACACAAACAUCACAGAAAAAGCAUUUUGUAAAAUCUAUCAAAUGGAAAGAAAAGAAACAUGCAACACCAUGAGAUUAAAGCAUCUCUUGUUGUGGAAUAGAUUUAGUCAAAUCAUUUACAAACCUCCAAAAUGUUAUCAAUACCAUAGACAUUUACAUCUAUCAACUGAAUACCCUUUUCUGUUAGAAAAAGGCUGAUAAAAUUAUUAAUAAAGACCUGUUUAGUCUUACGAAUUUGGCGUACAGUGUACAAUUUUGAGGUGUAUACAUUAUAUAUACUGUAUGUUUAUUUUUUACUAUAAAUAUAAGGUAUUGAACAAUUCUGUGAUGAUAUUGUUUGAUUUUUAGAUUUUGAGGGUUAAACAGUUCAGUUAAUAUGAAAAGGACUGACCAAUCUGUUGAAAAGAAGAGAAGAUACCCAUUAAUCUGCAACUUGGCAGAUAAUGCUUAUUGUGCAUAAUUUGCCAUUUAAUCCGUGUCACCCUUUUUUAAGGAUGUGAUCUUCAUUGGGAAAUUCACUUUUCAUACAAUUUUCUGCAAUGAUAUUAAUGAAUGCAAUUAGCUUAACAAUUUAAGCUGUACAUAAGUAAAUUGCUAUUUAAAACAUACACAUCCCCCUUAUAGCUUAUUUUAAAUGCUAGAAACUUUAACAAUUAUAAGAAAAUCUUAGUUGUUGUUCUGAAAAUAUGUAUUUUUUUUUACAAAUAUUGUGAAAAUGAUAUUAUUUUGCUGUAACCAUAAAACAUUGUUAUUUAUUUAUCCAAGAACAACUAAGCUAUUAUAUAAACUUGAUCCCUUGAAUGCACUUGCACAAUUUAUUUAUAGCUAUCAAACCAAAUAUUCAGUAGGUCCAAUGUACGAUGAAAACCUAUUUAUAAAUAAGAAAUCUCCUGAAUCUUGGUCAUUAUUUAAACUUUUAUUAUAAGUUCAUUAUUUAUUUUUAAAUCUUAUUUAAAGGUGGUGCUGGAGGUAAAGGUGUUUGGGGAAAGCCUGGUGAAGAAGCCAAUGAAGAUGGACACUGUCAAGAUUCACACGAUCCAAACUAUGAUUCAGAAAGUGGGGUAUGAUUAAAAAUAUAUUUAUUAGACACUUAUUGAAAUUUAAACUAACUUAAGCUCAUCCUGAUUAAUAUCGGAGUUUUCAUAAUGCUCUUAUAUAUUAUUUGUACUAAUGGGAGAUAAUUUUUUUACUGUUUGUUUUAAAAAUUGAAAAAUAGAUUGGUUCUAAAUAUAUAUUUUAUUAAAUUCAUUUCAGGAGGAAUACUUAAUUGAAGAAAUCGAUCCUGAGGUUUCAUUAGAGGAAUUGGAAAAAGUCUUAGAACCUGCUAUUUUGGAGUAUUAUGAAAGUAAUAACACAACUGAAUUUAUGGUAUGUAUUAUUUUUUUUUAGUGUUUUACAUAGUAAAUACUAGUUUUAUGUAGAGGAAAGACAAACCCUAGUAGCAGUUGUAUGGCAAAGUGGAUAACAAGAGAAAUUGGACAGAGUUUAAGAAUAUGGUGUGCACAUUAUAACUUCUUAAAAACACAUACAUUUGUUCACAGGUGCUAAUAAUUCUAUCCUUUUGUAGGAUAAUAAAAAUGAAUAACUGUUAUUUUAUCUAGAACAUCCCUGAUGCUUGUGUUUUAAAAAAGUAAUUGUAAUUUUUUGAUUAUUUUCUUUAUAAAAGUUUUUGAAGCAAACAUGCAAACACAUAUUUUUGUCUCAGUAAUGUUUUUUUAAAACCUUUAUUGGCAUUAGUUUAGUUUCUAUUCCAAUUUAAACGUGUUACAUGUAUUCUUAUGUUAAUUAAUUCAACCAGUUAAAAAUAUUUUGGCCAGCUCAUUAUUUAACCCCAGAGACAAUUGUUUUAUUCUUGCUCAAUGUUACUCUGAAAUUGCUCAUUAGCUUUUAAUGUUAAACAUUUUCAUAUUUAGCAUACACCAUUCAUUCAUGAGCUCAUGUCUAUGUUACUUAUUAUAUACUUUCUGAGUAGUGCUAACAAACUCAGCUGAUUAUCACAUAGUUUCACAAUGUAUCAGAAGAUGAAAUCAGUUUUAAGUUGUUUUAAAUGUAGUUUUCUCUGUUGAUUUAGCUAUUUUGUGAGUUUAAAUCUGCAAUAUUUUAAGGAUGACAUUGAUUUUUACAAUCAUUUUGGUUCUUCUACAUUUAAAAUGUCUUUUUCAGAGUUCAUUGGCAGAUCUGAAUCUUGGAUCAAAGAAACCUAAGCUGGUGGAGUUUUUGAUUAGCAAAGCUGUUGAUCACAAACCAGCCCAAUGUGAGAUGACAUCAGUGUUGCUUUCAGAUCUGUAUGGCAGGGUACUUCAGCAUGAUCACAUUAUUAGCGGAUUUGAUGAAAUCCUAGAAAAACUUUCAGAUCUUGUGUUAGAUGCCCCAAAUGCUCCAGAGGUAAGUCUUGUCACUUCUCAUUUAUCUUUAGUGUUUUAAGAGAGAUUGUUAAAACAUAGAGAAUAUGUAUAAAAAAAAAGUGUUCAUUUAGUUGGUACAUUAUUUAUUUUCUUGGGGGGAAAUCUUUGUCGCCUGAAUUAGGUUGAAGAGACAGCCUUACUCAUUCAAUGGUUUAAUUGUGAAUUCCCUUAAUGUAAGUAAAAUUAUCAGCUGAACUUUGUUACAGUAUUUUAGGUGAGGAAUCCUUUUAAAAAAAUGUGAUCAAUCAUUUAUAUUCAUUUAAAUGUAUUUAGUACACUUUACUAACUUGUAGGUUGUUGGAAAGUUUUUGGCCAGAGCUGUUGCUGAUGAUUGUUUGCCUCCUAAAUAUAUCCAGUCACACAAAGGAAAAUUAGAUUGUAAAAGUUGUCAGUAAGUAGAUAUUUUUAUACGAAGUUUUCAGUAUAAAUUAAACUAAUGUAUAUUUUUAUUAAGGUAAAAUGAUGUUGUUUAUUCUUUUAUUGAGGAAUUUAUUUUUCUGCAACUGUUAUCUAUGAAAACGGAUAACUGAUGUAAGAUUGAUCCAGAAAACUUUGUAUUUUAAGAUAUUUAGAGAGUGCUUGCAAUUUUACUUAAAUUGAUGUUUAUAUAGCUGACUAAAAAUGCAACUUAUAUGUUAAUCUUUUGUAUUGGGUGCAUGGUGUGUGAGCGUGUGUGUGUUUUCUAUUACCAGUAAUUCUCUUUUAUUAUGUUUAUUGACUAUUUGCAUAAAAUUUUUAUUUUUUAAAAUUUCCAGUGAGUUGGCUUUCAGACUCCCUAUUUUGUCUAGAUUAUUGAAAUAAAGUGUAUUAAUAUUUUAGUAUUGAUAAUCACUUACUUCUGUGAGUUGCGUCUCAUCACAGUACAGAGUAGCUCCUGCUCCUGAGCAGAUUUUUUGUAGCUGUGGAGUUAAAUUUAGGCUUAACCUUUUAAAAAAUAAAAAUAAAACAUGCACUAAUAAGCAUUUCAAUUAUUUUUUUAUUGGUAAAUAUGUUUCUGAGCUCCUAAAAUAAAUAAAUAAGUAUAAUUGAAAUUUACACUUAUGUAUCAAUGAAAUUGUUUCAAACUGCACUAAUAUGGGAUAAAUGAUUUUAUUGUAGAAAGGCUACUCAAUGGUAGCUUCUUUUUUGACUUAUUGUUUUCUUUUUCAGCUUUCCACACAAAAAAAACAACUAAUUUAUAAAUGUUAAUAAAAAUUAAGGCUUAUCUAUUAAAUAGAAUUCAUUUAUACAAUUUUACUACAUAAUUGUGUAAUUAUAAAUUAUUAUUGUACUGAUGCAAACAUUUUUUUAAAAAUCUUAUAGAAUAAAAGACAAAAAAUGAGCUCUUUUAUUGCUUAUCAUUUACUUUGCAGUAAACAGGUUCUAUAAAUUUCUUUUUCUAUCAUAGAGAAGCACUGUUGAAAGCGGAUACUUUGCUUACACAAAAGCACGGCAUUGUCAGACUUGAUAACAUUUGGGGUACUGGUGGUGGUAUUAGGCCUGUGAAAUAUCUUGUUAAACAGGUAACGUCAGUUCAAAACAUUUUGCAAACUAUGAUGAAAAGUAGUAAAUAUUUUUUUGUACUUUGUUAUUUUGAAUCAAGAUAUUUCCUUCAUUGCAAAAUAAGAUCCUUUUUAACAUUUGUCUCUUAGAUGGUUAUGCUUUUGAAAGAGUACUUGUCAUCAGGGGACAUUAAUGAAGCUGCAAGGUGUUUAACGGAGUUGGAUGUUCCUCAUUUUUACCAUGAGCUGGUGUAUGAAGUGAGUCAAUACACAUAAUUUUGUUGUAUGUUGAUAGUUAUUUGUUAAUUAAAAAUGUUAAAUAAUUUAAUGGUCUAAAGCAGGGGUAAGCAACCUGUCCUGUCAGCUAAAGUGAUCUGACUUACAGAUUCAAAACUAAAAGUCUUUUCACAUGGAAUGAUUUGGUCUAAAAUAAAAUGAUUUAUAAUUAAAAUAACCAUUCACUGAAAAACCCUCAUUAUAGUUGCAUUUUUAUUUUUUUUUCAACAUUUUGUUUAUAGCUUUGUAAAUCUAUGAUUCGUAGUGUAGUUUUGAGAUAGAUAGUGAUUUUAUUUACUGUGUAGAUGUCAAGGUCGAUAACAUAUAAUUAAAAGCUGCCCCUCUUUAGCAACAUUAGAUAGGAGGGUGAUGUUGGAUGCAAAUACUUCCAACAUCUGACAUAAAUUCGUUGGCUUUGUGGAAAAGUGAGGAAAGAAGUUAGUUUAUGCUUGUGUUAAAUAUAUUUGGCUGAUGAAUAAUUAUUUCUACUACACAGGCAGUCAACAUUGUGCUAGAGAAGUCCACUGAUCGAGCUGCAGAAAUGAUGGUUAAACUUCUUAAAUCACUUGCUGACACUGUUAUCAUCACCCCUGAUCAGCUCAACCAGGUUAGUGUGUUUAGUGCAAUAAGAUUCACCUUUGAUUAAGUAGAACCCUAUCCUCAAAUUACAGACAAGAUGAUAUAACAAUUUGGUUUUAUUUUCCAGGGUUUCCGACGUAUCUUUGAGAACAUGGCUGAUAUCUGCUUGGAUGUGCCUAAUGCAUAUACUUUGCUUGACAAAUUUGCAACCGUUUGUCAUAGAGAUGGUGUUAUUAGCAUUGAUAUUCUUAAUGAUGUUCCUCAAAGGUUAAUAUAUUAUGAAUUUAUAUUUUUUUCAAUAUUCAUAAUUUUAAAUGAAAAUUUUAAAACCAUAGAUAGUCCUUUAUAAAUUUAAGAAUUACUUACUUCCUCAGCAGCCUAUUAAAUGAUGAUGAUCAUUUUAACAGUAAUAGGUAUAUUAAAUCCCAAUUAUUUGCUGUUAACUUAAUUCACCAAGACUGAAGAGCAAACUGAAUGUUACUUCACUCUUACUUGCUUAAUCAUAAUCACUUAGCUAUGAUAAACUUGUGUAUUAAAGUUAUACAAACUUCCAUUAUAGAUACUUUAACAAAUUACGUAAGUUUCUUGAAACAUCUGAUCUUGUAUUGAAGUAAAAAAAUAUUUAAAUAUGGCAGUUGAUUUUUUUCUUUUAUUGUGGUACAUAUUCAGAAUUUUAAUAAAAACAUGUAAAAAAAUUAUACCUAAUUAAUUUCUUACAGUUUAUGGACAGUCAGCAUAAAAAAACAUCCACAAGUGGGAUGAUAAGGCUUUUUAAAAAAUCUCGGCUCUUAAUUAAAUAAAAUGUGUUUUUUUUUGGCAUUGUGAAAAACAAAAACUAUACUUCUUACUUUCAGAGGUCGCAAACGCUUUGUGUCAGAAGGUGACGGAGGAAAGGUGAAAGACUCUUGAGCUCUUUAAAGAAACUUAUAUGCAGCCUGAUUGAUAAGCUAUUGGUUUGAAAUUGAGGCUCAAAGGGGCAUUUUCUUAUUUUGAAAGCAUUAUGUUUGUUUUUGCCCUGAGUUAUAUUUGAAGGACAUUUGUGAUAGAAAUUGUGUGACAGUUAAUGUAAGCCUAGAGGGUGUCAACAAUUAAUAAAAUACUUGCCUGGUGAUUCAGGCUGAUAAUGUAAUGUGUUUUGUUUACACUUAGAAGUACUGAUUUUGUUACUUCAGUUAUUUACAUUGUAUUUUGUUAGACUAAUAGUGAUUUUUUUUUUUAAGCAAUUGUUUUUAAAUAUUUUAUUGAAAAUAAUUGCUUACAGUUUUUUUUAGGAAAUUGCCAUUUAAAUGGAAAAAAAACUAAUAUCUUCACUUGGUAAAAUAUUUCCAUUUAAAACAUUUUUAGUGCUUUUGCAAAAAUAUUUUAAAUGAUGAUUAUAUGGUAUAUAUAUCUAUAUUUAAAAAAUUUAAACCCUAGAGCCAUUUCAAAAAGCACAUUAUCUUAGAAUGGGGUUACUCUUUCUGUUUUUUAAAUAUAUAGUAUAAGUUAGGUAUUGUUGACACACAUUUAUAAAGACAUCCGUUUUUGGAAUUAAUUAUUUUUAACAAAAUAAAAAAGAAAUUUCUUAUGCAACAAUUACACACAUAUUGUUUUUCAGUUUCUGUUUCUUUCUUUUUUAUUUCAUAAUAGAUAUAACUUUGUACUUUUGAUAGCCUCAUAUCUUUACCUAUAAUGUACACAAUUGUAUUUCUUUAUGAGGAAAAAAAUAGUGUUACUGUAUCUUUUGUAUGCAAAGUUUUUUUUUCUUUCUGAUUCACUGAGAUUACUCAGAGUAGAAAAGAAAAGAAAAGAUGUAUUACAACUAGCCAGGAGGAUUUUUUUUAAAUAAAUGUAAAAUUAAGCUGAACUUAAAAGGUGCUAUCUCACUUUAGUAUUUAAGUAUGAAACCACAACGUUAUGUAGAGGCGGAAGUUUCUUCUUUUUUUUUAAAGGAGUCUCAAAACAGUCUUGGUCAUUAUAUUAUCUUUGUUGGGGAAAUUAUGUUUAUUAGUCUCAUUGAAAUGUAUUCAUUCGUGUGAAAUAAACAGCAUUUGAAAGUUUAAAAUUUCUUAACUUCCUUGAAACAAAAAUCAGAUCUGAUCAUAUUUAGUUAAUACAAGUCCAUACCUUAUUUAAUUUCAGAUAGGAUGUUUUAAGUUCAGAUUUUAUUUUUAGGAAGUUAUUUCUUGUGAGCUUCCAAUGUGAUAUCAGUUGAAUUGCAGAGAUAAACAUUAGUGUUUCAUUUACCAUCUUAGAAAUCCAACCCAUGACAAUUUUGGGGAUUGAUAUGUUCAUGAAAUUAAAUGGAUAGAGCUCGUUUUAUCAUCUCAGCAAUCUAAUCUUUGAUUAUUCAAACCGUUUUCCAUUUGUGAUGGUGAAGAGAGAAUAUGCAUAAUCUUUGCUGGCAUUUAAUCUAUACUUUUUUUAUUUAGCAAACUUUGCAUAGCUUUUAGAUUUUUGGUAAAAAUAAACCUAGUGGUUGUUUUAAAAUGAGGAAAAUUCAAAAAUUGUUUUAACUCUUCCAUCAUGAUUGUGAACUGUGAAUUUACUGUGUCCUGUUAUGCAUUAUGGGCUUCAUCAUUUAAGUGAUUCCUAUGCACCUAUUUUUAUUAUGUUUUAAUCUGUUAUGAUUUCUAUAAUUGAUGGAACAUUUAAAUUUUUGUUUCAGUGUGUGUCAUUUUUCAUGAAGAAAAUUUUGUUUUUUUUUACUUGUAUGGUUUUAACAGGUUAGUCAUAUUUGUCCCAUUAACACUAGUGGUAUACAUAUUUUCAACACCUUUAACACUUGCAAGUAAAUUCAGUGCUCAACAAAUUCAGAUAUACUUUUUUUUUUUUUUUUUUUUUUUAAAGACAGUGAUACAGUUGUUCAUUUUUCAUUAAUUGUCAAUUAUUGUAUCUUAUUUCUACCAAGUCCAUUAAAAGUGAUUAAAAUAAAUAUUUUCUUCAGUAGAUUUUUAGGCAUGCAGUUUCUCCUAAAAAUAGCAUUUUUAAUUGAAAAACAAGAUUUAACUUGAUAGUUUAUUGAUUUAGUAAAAUUCCAGUGAUUUUAAUUUAUGUCACCAGUGAUUCUCAAGGAGGUUACACUUGAGAAAUCUCUCAUUUACCAUAGUAUGGUUGAAUUCAAUCAAUAAUGGUGGGCAGUUAUUGAAAAAAAGUCAGCAUCAAUCAAUGUUAGGAAAUCUCAAUGAGAGAUAGUGUUCAGGGAUACAUUGAUCUUGUCUUGACAUCUCUUUCACUUGUCUUUUUUUUUUUUUUCAUUUUAAAAACAUUUUCAUUUGGAGUUUGGUCAUGAAUAAAUAAAAGUAUGAGACGUUUCUUUUUUUGUGUGUGUUUUAAAAAAAAUAAUUUUUUAAUUAAUUUGAUACCACACAAUUUAAAGUGUUACAGCAUUUUCUAUUCUGCAGGUAAAGUUAUAUUUCUAUUGCUGUUGUUUUAUCGUUACAGGGCAGGAAAAAAAUUCAGCUCCUUUAAGGAAAACAUUGGGAUUUACAAAUAUUUCCAAAAUAAAGUAGAAGCUGUGGCAAUUAGCUAACAACAUACUUAUUGCAUUUGCAGAUUUAAAAAUAACUAGAGAAGCCAAGAGUUUUGCAUCUGGCUUCAUCCACUUAAUUUUUUCAAAUGAUGUCCACUUAAUUUUGUCAAAUGAUAAAUCGUGGUAGAUACCAAUAAGCAUGAGUCAACAUUUGGUGAAAGAUGUAAUUUUUUUUUUUUUAAUUCAGAGAAGAAACUUUAAAAGGUUUGUUUUCUAAUUUCAAAUAGUAUUUUAGUUACAGUUACAUCAUUUGAUUUUGUAUGGUGUGUUUCUGUAUAAUUUCAACUUAAAAAUAAGAAAAUACAACAUGAAUUUAAAAAUUUUAUUUAUUCUUGGAAUUACCUUUGUUAAACUUAAAUUAUAAUAAAAACGUUGCAGUAAAAAUUAAAGCAAAUUACAAUUAUUUCAGCAAGAUUUAAAAUUACAGAUAAAAACUAAAAUAUAAUUAAUUUGAAUAUUAUUUAACUUAUAUAUAUUAAUAUAUAUAUUCCAAAAUAUUCAACAGUUUUGUUAAAUCAAAUAGUUCAAAGCCUUUUGAAGUUCCUGUUAGUUAAUUUUAUGUACAUGAGAGCUGAAAAUAAUAUACAAAAGAAUUCAGCUUAAUUUACUGCAAUUUAAAUAUCUUUAUAAACAAUAUUUUAUCACAUAAACAAUAUUUUAUCACAUAAAAAAUUCCACACAAUUUAAUUUCUAUCAGUUUAGUGAUGACUCAAGUUAAAUAUCAGGUCAGGACAUACAAAAACAAGUAUUGGCCUUUGGAGUUGUUGAAUCUUGCGUUAAGUGUUUCUUUGCCACUUGUAGCAAUAAAAGGCCUACACCAAAAUAUUCUUGCUCAAUUGUUAAGAAUCUUGAUUCUCCUCAUUAGGAAAGGAAGAUCUGUUUUCUUUGCUAUGUCUCAAUUGUCUAAGGAAAGAAAAUAGUCAGAAUUCCUUUAUAAUAUAAAUAACUUGUGGAACAUUUAAAAAUACAGAUUUUUUUAAAAAACAUAAUAGUUUUUAUUUCUAUUCUUAAUUUAAAGUAUCUGUUGAUUCUUGUUUUCUAUUGUAUGUUAAAGAAGACGUCUAGCCAAAACGUCAGUGUGUCUUGUUUUCUAUUGUAUGUUAAAGAAGACAUCUAGCCAAAACGACAGUUUGUCUUGUUUUCUAUUGUAUGUUAAAGAAGACAUCUAGCCAAAACGUCAGUUUGUCUUGUUUUCUAUUGUAUGUUAAAGAAGACAUCUAGCCAAAACUUCAGUUUGUCUUGUUUUCUUUGUAUGUUAAAAAAGACAUCUAGCCAAAACGUCAGUUUGUCUUGUUUUCUAUUGUAUGUUAAAGAAGACAUCUAGCCAAAAUGUCAGUUUGUCUUGUUUUCUAUUGCAUGUUAAAGAAGACAUCUAGCCAAAAUGUCAGUUUGUCUUUUUCCUAUUGUAAGUUAAAGAAAACAUCUAGCCGAAACGUCACUUUGUCUUGUCUUUUCAUUUCAACUAUUUCAAGCCCAAACUUAUCUUGUUCAACUAUUCCAAAUGUUAAAAAUUUGAAAUUCAAAAUCAAGCCUGCAUAUAUUUCACCAAUAAAGUCACCCC